AUGUCUCUCACCGAAGUGGACCCCUCCAAAACGCUCGAAACGCUCUCGACGACCGUAGACGAGCUCGAAGCGACGCUUGCACCGCUCCUCUCCUCGUGCACCUCCCUCACCGACCUCUUCGCGCAACUCGAGACUCAGGAAAGGGGGGUUUCGCCUAUCGAGAGGGCACAUGCGAGGAUCAUGUUGGCGUAUACGGUGCAUGAUUUGAUUUGGGGUCAGUUUUGGCGGGAGUGUAUCACUUGAGCGUGGACUGUGCAGUUAUUGAUGCGCUUAUUUUGGCUGUUUCAGUCUAUUUGAGAAUCUGCGCGAUCGACCCCGCGACUCAUCCUGUCAUGGCAGAAUUGGUACGUCCCAGAACCAUUGCGCCGAAAACUUCCAACUAAGAUUUGCUUCUGGGCUGUUUCCCACAGACUCGUCUCAAAAAUUACUUUUCGAAAUUGCACCGCGCCGAACCGACCAUACUCCAAACCAACCAAACCCAAACCGGAAACGAAGCCGGUCCUUCAACCAUCUCCAUCAACGAUAACGGACAAAGGACGAAUUUGGACAUUGACGCAGCAACGAGGUUCAUCAAUGCUGCGAUUGGGGGGAAGAAGAAGCUCGAUCCGAAGGGGAAGCAUACGAGGUUUGAUGGAGAAAAGGGGGAGGAGGAUGGGGGUAGUAGUAGUGCAAGUAGUGAGCAAGAGGUGGCCAAGAGUUUGGGGAAGAAGGAAGGAAAGACGGAGGCGAAGAAGCAGGUCAAGAAGGUGCCGAUAGGGAGACCCAAGAUGGACCCGUUCAUGGGUAUGUUUCUCGCCUGCGAAAUGACUUGGGUUGGCAAAGACCAGUUUCAUCUGAUCUUGGCUUACAUUCGUCUCGUACAGGCUUCGAUGAUCAGACGACCUCGUCCAAACCCAACCAAAGGGAGGCCAAGUUGAAGGGCAAACCUGUCGAGGCCACACCCACGACGACCUCCAGCGAAGGCAAGAAGAAGAAGCGAGCGCUGUCCGUGUCCGACGUCGAACCGACACCUACAUCAACGUCGACGGCACCUCUCUCAAAGCACCAGAAGAAAAAGUUGAAACUCAAGGCGGGUGGAGGGCUGCCGGGAGAAGGUGUAGGAUCAGGCUCGAAAGAUGGGGAGGGGAAAAAGCAGAGUCUCCAGAAGGUCAAGAAGGCGACCAAAGAAUGA